UAUUCAGGUUCUCCCGUCGGCCGGAAUCGGACGUGCCGUGUGUGACACUUGUACGAUCGUGAUUUUCGCGGUCGCGGAUUUUUCUACACUGUUGCGUGAGAGUGUGUAUUGAGUUGUUUUUGUUGUUGCUGUUAUUGGGUUGUGGCGUUGUGGUGUUCACAUUAAUGACUGUGAUAAUUGAUGACAGCCGGUUUUCGUGGAUGAAACAUAUGUCAGAAUAGAAGCUUAUGUUUUCAAAGUGCAGUGUCGUUCGAACGGAAUAACACGAGAAAGUAGUGAACGUUGUACGGGUCGGUGGAAAUAUUUGGCAAGCAAACCGCAACCGCUAAGGGAGAAAAUUUCACUGGAAAAAGUCUAGCACCUGGAGCUGGAAGUGGGCCCGCUCUAAGUUAGAAAGAACUACCGAACAACCAUUGAAAAAAAAAGCGAAUGAGCGAUAACUAGUGCGAGUAAGGUGAAGUGAUAAAGAGCCCCCCCCCCCCGACCGAGUGAGAGAACAAAAUAAUAACUAGACUAGUGCACACGACCGGCUAGUACAUCGAUUAGUCUUCGUUGAUCUGCCGGCCGGGUAAAACGUGUGCGCGAACUGUUCGGAUCGGACGAAUAAGGGGUUCGUCUUAGCUUCGGUUCGCGUUUCGGGAAAUAGGACGAGCGAGCGUCCGAUGAGAUUGCGCGAGCGACUCAAGUGUAAAGCCAAAUCGUUGCUCAGAAGCUUGCAUGCGUGUUCUAGCUCGAACAAUAUCACUAAUCGAUUCGGGAAAAUGGACAGCGGAAAAUUCGUGGACGCCCGAAAGCCGCAGCCGUUGCUGAAGACCGUCGUCAAUGUUUGGCACAAGUUUCUAACCCUGCUGGUGCGAUGGCUGCUGAGGACAAUCUACGGAGAGCAUGGAGCUCGGAUGCCCCCAAUCCGAAACCUGAUACUAAUGGAGUCAGCCACCUCGCUGGCGCAGAAAAUUCGCACCAAGAAGCUCACCAGCGUCGAAGUGAUGCAAGCCUACAUCGAGCGCUGCAAGGAAGUUAACCCGGUACUGAAUUGCAUCGUCGAUCAGUGCUACGAAACGGCCCUCAAGGAGGCGGCCAAGGCGGAUCAACUGAUCGCUUCCGGAACCCUCUCGGAACAGCAACUGGCCACCGAGAAACCCUUCCUGGGGGUUCCGAUUUCAACGAAAGACUGCAUCAGUGUCAAAGAUCUCCUGCACACGGCCGGAAUUUGGAAGCGGAGAAAUAUCCGGGGCGAGAAAGAUGCCCGGGCCAUGGAACUGAUGAGGAAAGCCGGUGCCAUUCCAUUCGCGCUGACCAACGUCUCGGAAUGUUGUAUGUGGUGGGAAAGUGUCAACACGGUUCAUGGUCGGUCCCGGAAUCCGUACGAUACCAAUCGAAUCGUGGGAGGUUCGAGUGGUGGUGAAGGAACUAUUCAGGCCUCGGCUGCAGCUCCCUUUGGCAUCGGGUCCGACAUUGGAGGAUCGAUUCGGAUGCCGGCCUUCUUCAACGGUAUCUUCGGGCACAAGCCGUCCCCCCAUGUGGUUUCGAACGAUGGACAGUACCCGAUUCCGGUUAGCUCCCAGCACAAUAUGUUUUUGUCCAUCGGUCCGAUGUGCCGGUACGCCACCGAUCUCAAGCCAAUGAUGAAGAUCAUCACCGAACCGGAUGUGGUCGGCAAGCUGCGACUGGACGAUCCGGUCGAUCUGAAGCAGGUCAAGUUCUUCUACCAGCUGAACGAUGGCGGCGGCAAUCUGGUAUCGCCCGUCGAUAUCGACAUCCGGGACGGGAUCGAGAAGGCGAUGGCCCACUUCCGGACCACCGUGAAGGCCGACGUACGGAAGGUUUACUUCGACAAGCUGCGCAAGUCGGCUCCGAUGUGGUUUGCCAAUAUGAAAUCGAAGGAAGAGGCCGGGUUCGAUUCGCAGCUGGUCAAUUUGGAGGGCAGGAUCAAUCCGUACAUGGAGCUGCUGAAGUGGUGUUUGUGGCAGUCGAAUCACACUUUCGUUGGUAUUAUGACGGCUAUUUUCGAAUCGCAAGGCGUCCAGUAUGGAUCGGAUAAGUACAACGGUUUGGUUAAGAUGCGUGACGAUCUUUUGGAAGAGUUCCAAGCCAUGCUCGGGGACAACGGAGUCUUCAUCUAUCCGACCCAUCCCACGGUAGCUCCGUACCAUAAUGAGCCCUUGAUUAGGGCGCUGAACUUCAGCUACACCGGAAUCAUCAACGUUCUGGGACUGCCGUCGACUUCUGUUCCCCUGGGAUUGGGCCGAGAAGGACUGCCCAUCGGACUGCAGGUCGUUGGAAACCGGAACCAAGAUCGCCUCUGCCUUGCCGUAGCCUGUGAACUGGAGCGAGCCUUCGGAGGAUGGGUUGCUCCGGAAGUUUUAGCAUGAACAGCGAAGUACAAUCCCACCACUACCGAAUGAUCCUUUACAACUUUACAUCGUACUGUGCACCUGAUUAGGUCGGGUGAUGAUUGUUGAGCCCUUAGGCAAAUAAGUUUUCUCGGAAAUGUUCAUUAUAAAUGUAACAUAUUUUUUUAUACAGUGAAAGAAAUGUAUCUACUUUGUAUUUUAAGGAAA